UAUCCAAUGGACUUUAACUCAAUCAGGCUCUGAAACAGAAAAAACACACAGAACUAAGUGAUUAGAUGUUUUUACAGUGACCAUUUUUACAUCAGUUUGCAAUAAUGAGUGGGAAACCCCUUUUUGUGAACGUGGACAAAUGGAUUGCAGAGAAUGAAAAGGCUUUUUUGCCACCGGUGUGCAACAAACUCAUGCAUUUUUGUCAGCUGAACAUCAUGUUUGUUGGAGGUCCCAACACCAGAAAGGACUACCACAUUGAGGAAGGGGAGGAGCUCUUUUACCAGGUGAAAGGGGACAUGUGUCUGAAGUUGGUUGAGAAUGGCAAACAUAAGGAUGUGCAUAUCCGCGAGGGAGAGAUGUUUCUGCUUCCAGCUCGGAUCCCCCACUCCCCCCAGAGACUGGCUAACACUGUGGGGCUGGUGGUGGAGAGAAGGAGGCUUCAGUCAGAGAGAGACUGUUUAAGGUACUAUGUGGACAACACUUCAGACACCCUUUUUGAGAGAUGGUUUCACUGUGAAAACCUGGGGACCCAGCUGGUGCCAGUGAUUCAAGAGUUUUUUGCGUCGGAGCAGCACAGAACAGGCAAGCCAAACCCAGUUUGUCUAGAUGAGGUCUUCAGACAGCCCCCCUUCCCCAUGAACACCAUGCAUGUGAUGACCCCCUUCCACUUCAGAGACUGGGUGGACAAACAGCGGCCCUCCCUGGCCAGCGGACGCCCCAUUGACAUGUUUGGGGCCCAGUUUGAGACAGAGACCAUGCUGUAUGGGCCCGGGCAGACAGAGGCUUGUGAACGAGAAACUGAUGUCUGGAUAUGGCAGCAGGAGGGAUCCUCCCAUGUGACUCUGGAUGGCCAAGAGUUCCCUCUGUCCACAGGAGACAGUCUACUCAUUCCUGGACACAGCCAGUACCAAUGGAGGCGGGCUGAGGGGAGCAUUUCCCUGUUUGUCGCUCAGAACCCAGAGAGGAAGCGUGCAUGACCUGUGACACACAAGAGAAGGGGGGCACUGUUUUAGCUGUCCCAUAAUGUAUAUGUUUGGUGACAGUACUGUUUUUCUUCCGGAAUCACGAUGAAAAUAAACACCCUUACACAGAAGUA